AUGCGCACCCAACAACUGCUUGCCCUCUCCGGUCUCAUGCUCAUGAGCAACGUCGUCGCGGGCGCCGAGCUCGAGAGAGACGACGUCCCCAGCCGCUGCUGGCACGUCUGCGGUCCCGUUGUCGCCAUCGCGCGCACAUGCGACAACGUACACCACGACAACGACCGCGCUGAGAUGGACUGUAUCUGCGACUGGAACAAGACCAACAAACUGGUUCCCAUCUGUGAGGCCUGCAUCGCGCAAUACCGCAGUGACCGGAAGAACCGCGACACCAACCGCAAGGACCGUGACGACGACGACGAUGACUGGGACACUGAUGAUGAGUAUGACAAUGACCAUGACGACAAAGAUCCUCAUGACAACGAUGCCUACGAUAUCGUGACCAGCUGCAACCUCAAAACCACCACGUACAACUCCGCCGCUGCCACCAAAGCCGCCGACUCUGCCUCCAGCAGCGGCACUGCGGCCGACACCAUGGCCACCCCGACCGGCUCGGCAGCAGAUUCCACCGGUGACACUGCAUCUGCGCAGAAGGCUCGAACGACCGAGAACGCAGCUCCAGGCACCGUGGCCCCCAAGGCUGCUGGCGCUGCUGCUGUCGCUGGUCUCGGGUUCCUUGCUUAUCUGUAA